AUGCCGCCUAAUAGCGCGUCGUUACAAGUGGGUUUACUGAAACGUAAUCAUCUCCACCACCGGUACCAGAUGCCGUUUGCAGGGCUCCUGACCUUCCUUGUGCCCCCGUCUCCUACUCCACUUGCCAAUUGGUGGCUGCUAAACAUCAAAAUCACUGUUUCUAUGACGGAGGUUGUCUACAGCCUCUCUGAUCUUCCGUUUCCUGGUGUUUUCCGCAUACGAGGCCAGUCUUUCCGCUGCAUUCUAGUCAAUUGUGUGGCCGGUAAUUGUGAUGUGUUCAGCUUUCUGUAUCCAUUUUUCUGCAUAGUCGCUGGUGUUCUUUGA